AUGAACUCAAUUGUCUCUCAAAUCAAAGCCUUGGCCGAUACCGCCGAUGAGGCCGGUCGACUGGAGAUCAUUAAAAACCUCCAGCAGGUGAAAGUUGAACUUCAAACUCCCAAGGAUGUCUUGCUAGAGCUUGCUGGACUUGGUGGUAUAACCAAUGCGAUGCUGCGCGUCGGCCAAGACCUGGGAAUCUUCGGUCUUAUUUCGACAAACGAAGCUCCUAUUUCUGUGAUACAGCUUGCAGAAAAGACCGAUGCAACUCCUGAACUAUUGGAGCGAGUUCUUCGCCACUUAGCAGCAACAAACAUCAUCAAAGAAACAGGACCAAAUGAGUAUACCGCAAAUGAGCUGACCAAGAUAUUUGGCAAUCCAUUUGGGGAGGGUCUAAUCCACCAGGCAUUCAAUCUCUACUUGCCACUCAACCAAGCAAUGCCCGCUUUCUUCGCAGAAAACAACUACAAAGACGUAACUGACAACCGUCACACACCAUUUCAAAAAGCGUUCGACACCAAACUGACAACAUUCGAAUGGCUCUUUCAACAUCCAAAGUACAUGGAAGCAAUGCACAAAACCAUGGGUGCCUUACAAGGAACCGAAUGGACAGAAGGCUUCACGCUUCUCGAGUCCGAAGUCCAAAAGGUCCCAUUGACAUCCCCAAGCCCCAAGGAGAAGCCCUUUCUCGUCGACAUCGGCGGUAGCCACGGCCACCAGUGCAUUGAGCUAGCAAAGAAAUACGUACACCUUCGUGGCCGCCUCGUCAUGCAAGAUUUACCCGUGACAGUUGACAAUCUGGCCCCUAUAGAAGGUGUCAAAGUCGAAGCCUAUGAUUUCUUCCAAGAACAGCCCGUGAAAGACGCCAAAUUUUACUACCUGCGCCGAAUCAUGCACGACUGGCCCGACGAGAAAGCAGCACAAAUCCUGACAAACACGGCUGCGGCCAUGGGACCGGAUUCGCGCAUUUUAAUUGAUGAUGUCGUUAUGCCUGAUACCGGCGCUAACUGGCAGGCUACUAUGGUCGAUCUUUCCAUGAUGAUUCUGGCUGGGAAAGAGCGCAGCCGAAGUCAGUUUGAACGUCUUGCCAGGUCUGCCGGGUUGCGUGUUGAGGAUGUUCAUUCUUAUGCUGCUUCGACUUAUACCGCUAUUACUGUUUUGGUUAAGGAGUGA